CGGCGACGACGACGAUCUCCUCGGCGAUGACAAUCGGCCGACAUUCUCGCGUGAGACGGCAAAAGAUCGUCGUUCCUCGGCGAUAGCGCGUCGCGUGAGCCGUGUAAUCUGCGAUCUGACGAUCGAGAACUCGGGUAUAAAGUACACCGCGCCGAUAAUGAUGGUACUUAGUUAUCUUUUUAAUUGGUAUCUAUUUGCUAACGAGACCCGCGCGCGAUCGUCGCUCGCUCGUUAGGAUAACCGAUCCGCCGUUUCUUCCAGAUAAACGCGUCUACCGGGUUAGGAUAGCCGACUUUCUAAGAUCGAGUCGGCCGGAUCGCGCCUCAUUAAGGUGAAUCGAGUAAAUCUUACUUAAAGCUACAUUCCACGCGAUACCGCGGCAAAUCGCUUUGGAAAGAAACGCGAGUGCACACGCACGACGACGACGACGACGACUCCGUUUUACCUUCGUGAUCGCGGAGCUGUGUGAGACCACCCGCUGAUCGAAUUUACGGAUCGCGAGCCCUCUGCGCGAGUCCGAACUCAAUUAUCACCGAUGGAAGUACCACCCGCGGCACGCGAUACGCGAUCGAUACGCACGAUUCGGAGAUACCUGUGCGAGAAACGAAUCGUUCGGCCGCUUAGUCACCGCUACGAGGGGAGAACGCCUCUCUUUCUCUCUCACUCGGGAAAGAGUAUUUGGGGACCGUAAAUACUCGGCGCGGGACCCGUAGAGUUUUAAAACGCGCGCAAACACUUUAGAAAAUCCAAAUGUUGGCUCUGCAGUUCGGCUCUUUCGCACCUGUCCGGUACGCGUGCACGUGCGCGCGCGGCUUUGCGCCGCUGCGAGGUGCUAACGAGAACGCGGAGUGAUUACAGUGAUCGAAAUCGCGACAAGAAACUUCUCACGACGUCGCUCGAGGCCGGUGUUGAGCAAACACCAAAGACAAAGUUUCCAUGCUGUAAAAUACGUCCGGCGACGAGCGAGCCUGACAGUGAGAGACGGUACCGUGCUCGUCGAGCGGUAACGGAGACUUCACACGCGGCAAGUGCCUCACAUGAUCCGACUCGACAACGGAACGGGGUCGAUCCCAGUUCCGAACGAUCGACUUCCGGUGUGCGUCGGUCAUCCGCUGGUCGCGGAAGCGUAAAACUUUGUCGCGUGCACAUCCGUUUUUCCUCUUUUUUUUUUUUACAUUCAAUAACAACAAGGUGAUUGUGAUGUAAGAGAUGCGUCGCGGUGAUAUCGCGACGAUCGCGAUAGCCCUUCUCAUUCUUGGGCACAUCCAGGAGCCACGGCGAACGAGGGUGGUCGGAGCGGUGGUGGUCGGCGCGGCUGUCUGCAGUCGCAUCCCCGGAUUGGCGAAAAGUCAGCGCGAGCAGUGCAGAAAAGCGCCGCACGCGAUGCCGGCGGUGGGCGAAGGCGCCGCGCUGGGUCUGCGCGAGUGCCGGUACCAGUUCCGACAUCACCGAUGGAACUGUUCCCACGUGUCCAAUGAUCAGGUCUUCGGCCACGUGGUGGUAGUGGGCAGCAGAGAGGCGGCUUUCACGUACGCGAUAAGCUCGGCCGGCGUGACGUACGCGGUGACCGCGGCUUGCAGCCGUGGCAACAUCACAGCUUGCGGUUGUGAACCGGCUAUAAGGACGCCGAAGCAAUUACUGCCGAACGGUUGGGAAUGGGGUGGCUGCAGCGCCGACGUCACGUACGGGAUGAGGUUCGCGCGUAGGUUUCUGGAUGCAAGGGAGAUCGAAGGAGACGCUCGGAGCCUGAUGAACCUUCACAAUAACAAAGCCGGAAGAAAGAUUGUUAAGGCUCUUUUGAAUACGGAAUGCAAAUGCCACGGUGUAUCUGGAUCAUGCACUGUGAGAACGUGUUGGCGAACGUUACCCAGUUUUCGUAAGAUCGGCGAUGCGCUUAUGAAAAAAUACUACAGGGCUAGACCCGUCAUUGCCAUUACACCGCCUCCCCCACCCACAGUUCAGGCAGUGGAUGUAAUAUCGCAUUCAAUGAUACCCGAAAUGGUGCCCAUAUUGGGAAACGACGCCAAAACCCAGGGCAAGCCGAACGAUUUCGCCAAGUCGCGGCACAAUCGACAGCCGUUGCUGAAAAAGAUCGGCAAGUCCAGGAAACCACACUUGGUCCUGAAAAGGACGAAAGCCAACGGCGGACCGGCCAGCCUCAAGAGAAUUCCCAAAAAAAGCGAGCUAGUGUUUCUUCAACCCUCCCCUAAUUACUGUGAGCCAGAUUUGACGCAAGGUAGCCUCGGCACGCAGGGCAGAUAUUGCAACCGUACUAGCAAAGGAACCGACGGAUGCGACUUAAUGUGCUGCGGUCGCGGCUACAACACACAUCAAUUCACGAGAACGUGGCAAUGCAGAUGCAAGUUUCACUGGUGUUGCCGCGUACACUGCGAGACUUGCAUGGAGCGUACUGAGGAAUACACAUGCAAAUAAUGCUAUUAUCAACGUACAACGUGUAUAUAGACUUGCGAACUAGUACAUGUAAUUAUAAACGUAUAGAGUUUAUAUUUAAUGGCAAAAGGAACGAUUUGACGCAUGAGAAACGUUAAUAUUACACGUCCUAGCAAAAAUAAAAUUACACGAGGGUAUCAUAAUUUCAUAAUUAUAUUGCAUAAUGUUUUUCUUGACGAUAUUGAAGUCAAUAGAAAAUAACUGUGUAACCUUUUCGGGCCCUUAUAAAAUUCCGGGCCACACGUAGAGUUUUAUGGUAUUUAAGCAUUGGAUAUUAAAACGAUCAAUGUCUAACAUAAAAAUUAUUGAGCGCGUAAAUAUCGUCCUACAUGCUGACUUUAAAUUUUGAAAGAAUUGCGCCCUACAAAGUUUCAUCCCGCUAUUAUUUUCUAUUCCUCUGUACUUAGAGACGAAAUUAAGAGUUCACAAUACGUAUUUAUGAAACUUAGUCAAUUCAAUGUCUAAAUAUCGUUUAUCGAUAUAUCAAGUAGUAUAAGAUAAUUAAAAAAAUAAUUAAUAUCGAGUUUUAUGAGAAUAAUAAAUGCAUUUCAUGAAUGUAAGAAAUAUAUAUCCAAUCAAGAUCAAUUGAUAUCGACAUUAUUUGGAACAUAUUUGAAUCUUUUAUAUAAUGUUGUUCAGAACAUAUUAAAAUCUUUCGAAAACAUACUGAUCCUGUCCCAUCAACAUGUAACAUCGACGUCUCAAUUCGAUUCCUACAUAUGCAACUUUCUCUGACAAUAUAAAUUAUUUAUUAUUAAAAAUUGCUACAAUGCGUAGUCACAUAAUGCGGAAGCUAUCAUAUAAUAAAUAAAAUUCUGUAACAUCGACAA